CCCGCACCUGUUUCAAUUCGAGUUCGAGUCGAAGUGAAAAGAGAUAAACAAUAUAUUUCCCGAGGCUAGGGUUCUUGCAAACAAUGCACUUGCCUAAACUGGUGAAUCAUCUUCGCAACUGCAGCACCUACGAGAAAUUUCUUAUCAGACUGUAUAUCGUGACAGACACUUGCGAAUAAGACAUAGUGCGCUAUGCCAGCCUGAGAGAGCUCUCUCAGAGAGGAUUCAAAUUUCAGUCGUAUCGGGGCAAUAAUCGUAGUUCGUUGGAGAAUUGUCGCGCAUCCGGACGUACUCUUAAUACCGUCACGUCAAUGCACUCGAGUGUUAAUUCUAAUUUCUAUCGAAGAAUUACAUAAUGUAUGUGCAUGAGUCACAGGGUGAAUAGGGGGGACGUGCAAACGUCAAAAUCGUGCUGCACCGAUUUUGUUGCAUUUUAGUCAACUGCUAUUCCGUCCAAUGUCGAUCGUGCGAUGUGCUGCCAUUAGAACUUUUGCAACGAGUUCAUCCUUAUAUUAGAGCCCCUUGGAUCUCUGCAAGAACGUUCAAUAGGAUUGCAUUUACGAUGAACUGGAAACAUUAUGCGACUUACCAGUGAACAGGAAGACUACCACUAAGAAAUGGCAAUUUUCAAAUUGAAAAUACUAAAGCGUAGGUGCAUGAUUUCAUAGCUGUGGAAACUACCAUCAUUUUAUUGUAACGUGCGGCCAGGUAUUUGUUAAUUGAGCAAAGUAACUGUUCGUAUUGUACUUAUUAUUGAAAAAUGCCAGCACCACCUCCACCUCUCUCAAGUUUGCCAGAGGCACCUAUGUGUGAAAAAACUGAAGUCAGCGAUGCAGACUCCCUGCCUCCUUGGGCCAAGAUUACCCUUACAUCUGCUGAGGCAGAAAUUGAAAAGCUGAUAUCCCGAAAUGAACUGAAAGAUGCAGAAGUCACAUAUUUUUGUCAAGUUGAACCAAUUUUGCAAGACGGACCACAAUGUGGUUUAGUAGCACUUGCUAUGGCAUCGCAAGAAUACACAAAACCAGUUUCUGUGAGUCAACUCCUAGCUGAAGCUCGUGUAAGGGGAUUUACACAACAUGGAGAAGUGUAUAGUGUUGAUUUUAUGGGCACACUAGCGGCUGAAUAUUUGCCUGACCAUAGACCGGAUAUCUUAGUGGAUUUACAGCAAUGCCCAGACACAUUGACACACGCUUUGGCUCAUGGUGCAAUGGUACUAAUUCCAUACGAUUCUGAUUUCAAUCAUGCUCCAUGCUUAAAAAGAGGCCAUAAAGCUCAUUGGGCACUACUUGUGGGUCUAAUUUCAUCUAGACAAGGAUAUCAUGUCUUAGCGCGUCAUGGAAAAUCGCGUCAUUUAGCUUGUUGGCCGUUACGCGAUUUAAUCGAGAGCAAUGGUAAUUUGGAAGAAGAAGGAACAGCUAGACAUGCUGGAGGAUACGUGAUACCAAAAGGAGGAGUCGGCGGUCAGAGAGGUUUGCGUGGUAGGGCACUGGCGUUGCACCCAUACAUAUAAGAUCUUGUACAAGAAUUGUAGGUAAUUAAUAUCACAGCGAAAGACAGAAAUUACUAUUAUAAUAUUACUGUAUUCAAGUUACAGUAUAUGGUAAAUAUUCAAAGGUAAAACGUUUGCACAGCUACUACGGAAUUUAAUUACUUGUAAAAUCGUAUUGCUUUUAAGUGACAUGUGUUUUAACUCGCAAUGCAUUUUUUCGCAAAAAUUCGGUAUUAGAUGUAAUGAAUUGACGAGAAUAUCAUUCAUUGAGUUCUAACACGCAGUGUAAAUAAUGAUUUAUUAUGUACGUUUGACUUUACAUGCACCUGACGGUUUGAAAGAUUCUUUCUUUCGUUGUUUCGACGUAUCGAGCUUUUCCUGUGGUGCGACACGUGCUAAGUGCAGACAUAAGAAAAUAAAAUGGGCAUGUACACGUGCAUGAAAGAGACAAACGUGGACGAGGAGAAAGAAAAGUCUAUAAAGAAUAUCUGCAUAAAAUAAAUAUCUACGUGUAUUAGCUAGGAUUUAUUGGGAUCGUAACACUAGCUGGAACAAAAAAAAAAUCAAGUAUAUUUAUUUAGCGAAGAAACUGUAGGUUUUCGAUCAAUAAUUAUGAAUCUUUGUUUUAUCUUAACAUUGUGAAUAAAGACUAAAUCUAUCUAUA